CCUCCCUUCCUUUUCUUCCCCCAAUUCGACUUUCAUUCCUGUUUUCUUCUACCUAAUUCCUCCCUUCCUAUUUUUCUUUCCUCCCUCCCUCCCUUUUUCCCUCCCUUCCUUUUCUUCCCCCAAUUCGUCUCUCAUUCCUGUUUUCUUCUACCUAAUUCCUCGCUUCUUAUUAUUUCCUUCCUUCCUUCCUCCCUCCCUCCCAUCUCCAGAAGAGCUGAAAGGGAUGAAAGGCAACCUGGGAUGAAAAGGUGCCCUCCUACCACCCGGAUAGGCUCUUUGCCCCGUGACGUCAUUCCAUCCUUGGGAGGCGAUUGGCUCUCCUUGCCUAGGGCUAGCAUGGGCAGAGGGCGGGCAGCCAGCUGUCAGGCUCCCUGGCCAGACACUCUGCAGGACAGGUGCACCUCCUGGCAUCCUUCGCACAGGGCUGGUGUCAGCAACCUGCGGCUCCGGAGCCGCAUGUGGCUCUUUGGGCCCUCUGCUGUGGCUCCCUGUCAGGUGAUCCCACUACUGGCUGGCCCCCUUCUCCUCGCCCUCCUCUCCCAGUCACUCCUCGCCUGGCCUGAGAAGAUUGAGACGGUGCCCGGUGUCGGCUAUUUAAUGGAGAUCAAGUCAUAAAACAGGUGCAGGAGUUCUCCGUGGGGUGGAAAAAAAUCACAACCGAAGACGCUUCGGGAUCUGAGCUCGGAAGGAAAAAAAUGGAUCGGCUGAAGGUUCUUCGCACCAGAGAACUGGAAUUUGGGGGUGUAUUUGGGGUAGCCCUCCUAAUGGUUGUGAUGCCCAGCACCGUCUUCUACCUCCUGCUGGUCUGCAGAACGGAGCAGGCAAGCGCGCUGAGCCCCCCCUGGCCGCUGCCCUCCCUCCGCUCCCUCUGGAGCCCCCGAGACUUUGCUCUGGUCCUGGCCUGGCUGGCAUUUCAAGCCCUGCUCUACCGGCUGCCCGUGGGGAAGAUCACAGAAGGAAGCCUCCUCCGGGACAAGAGCCGGCUGCAAUAUCGUAUUAACGGUUUCCACGCCAUGUUGGUCACAGCGUUGAUGUUGGGCGCCGGACUGGCCGGGGGGCUGCGCUUGAGUUACAUCUACGACCACAUCCUGCAGUUGGCCUUUGCAGCGACCAUCCUGGCUUUCGGCCUCAGCGUCCUUCUCUAUUUCAAGGCCCUUCUGGCCCCAGAGACAGCCCUGGCUCCCGGUGGGAAUUCAGGAAACCCCGUUUAUGAUUUCUUCAUGGGCCACGAGUUGAACCCGCGCUUUGGGGUCUUUGAUCUCAAAUUCUUCUGUGAGUUGCGGCCGGGUCUCCUUGGCUGGGCCCUGAUCAACAUGGCAAUGUUGGUUAAAGAGACGGAGCUGAGAGGCAGCCCCUCUCUGGCCAUGAUCCUGGUUAAUGCCUUCCAGCUUCUCUACGUGGUAGAUGCCUUCUGGCAUGAGGAGGCCGUUCUCACCACAAUGGAUAUCGUCCACGACGGCUUUGGGUUCAUGCUCGCUUAUGGGGACCUGGCUUGGGUGCCGUUCCUGUACAGCCUCCAGUCCUGCUUCCUCGUAACUCACCCCCAGAAGCUCAGCCUGCCUGUGGCUGGGGGCAUCGUCCUGCUAAACGGCCUGGGGUAUUCCAUAUUCCGUGGUGCCAAUUCCCAGAAAAACACCUUCCGACGGAAUCCCGCUGAUCCCAGAGUGGCUGGGCUCCGGACAAUCCCUACGGCAACCGGUCGGCGCCUCCUGGUCUCUGGCUGGUGGGGUUUUGUGCGACACCCCAACUAUUUAGGAGACCUGAUCAUGGCUUUUGCAUGGUCCUUGCCCUGCGGGUUCACUCACAUCUUGCCUUAUUUUUAUAUCAUCUAUUUUACCUUGCUGCUGGCUCAUCGGGAUGCCCGGGACGAGCACCAGUGCCUGAGGAAGUACGGGCUGGCGUGGCACGAAUAUUGCCGGCGUGUCCCCUACCGGAUUUUCCCAUAUCUCUACUGAAUUCUCAAAUCCCCAUUUCCAGAUGGUCUCUGGACUCAUCUCAGGCCAGAAUUGUCUCCUGGCUUCGUGGCAGAAGAGACCGGUAUGGCUUGGAGAAUGUCUUCCUUUGACUUCAUUGCCCGUCUUCCAUUUGUUUAGAUUUCGUUCCCAAUAGGAAAAAAAAAGACUGGAAAAAUAGACUUGGGAGCUGGAAUCGUUUUUAUCGAAAUAAACUUGAUUUUUAGGACACAGAUAUAACAAGAGUUGGAAGGGACCUCAGAGGUCUUCUACUCCAUCUCCAUGCUCACGCAAGAGAUCCUAUAUCAUUUCGGACAAAUGGUGAGUCUCGUCUUUUCUUAGCACCCCCCCCCCCCCCCCCCAGUGAUGGAGCAGCCACAACUUCCCGAGUCAAGAGUUCCUGUCAGACCUGCCUCUAAGUAAGAAUAAGCCUUAACAACUUUGGUUUAAAAAGGUAUAGUUUCAUAAAGGUCAAGUGAAUGACGGUAAUGCAAAGCCAGAACUGAGAUUCACACGCCAAAAUCACAUAAGUUCCAGUUUUCCCUUGCUUGCUUGCUUGCCUGCCUCCUGCUGCCCACCAAUCAAUCAAGUUCUUGCAAGAUGUUUCUAUAAGGGCCAGUCUGGGUCCAGGUUGAUAUGUGGCCUCCUCCUUCUUCCAGCCCCGUGACUUUGGAGCACUUUCUGUCCCCCGUUUCCCUUCAUCCCCCUUCCCCACAGAUCAUGGCAGAUUGUCCCUGCAUAAUACACCCAGCAAGGCACAAGCAGGUAUAAAGUGACAGCUGACACUGUCAGGAAAUUUCUUAUUCCCAGGUUGGAUCUGUUCUGUCCCCGUCUCACACACGCACACAAACAGACAGCCGGGGGUUAAAUAAACUGGCAGACAACCAAAUUCUUUUGAUAAGAGGAUUGGCAGCAACCCAGUAGCUGCUUGCCAAGAACUUUACUCAUAAACAAGAUACACACAGUUCAAGAAUUGUCCAGUCCAGUCUGUAAUUAAAUCCAAGGCAGAUAAUGUUGUUUCCAAAGAUGCAAUGUGACUCGAUAGUAGUUAGUUUUGUCCGUCACAGUCUGAAUGGCCACCUCACCCCUUUAUAACCCCUGUGGGGUGUGGUCCAGUGACUCAGCUUAAUCUCUGGCACGCCUCCUUUUCUGUUGCGUGCGCUUGUCUCUCCGAUGCUGGCAUGGAUCCAGCCAAGACUUUUCUCCUUCACUGUCCGACUGUGAGGAGAUAACUGGCUCCUGACCAAUCUCUUCUGCUACGGGAGACACCUGAGGCAUUGCCAGAGAGGAGGGUCCUGGAGAGGGAGGCCUGGCCAACUCCUCUCCUUCAUGUUCGGAGCCUUCUCCCUCCGAUAAGUCGGCCUCGGGAGUCGGAGCCACAACAGGAUCUCCCUUUGACUGGCUUCCACCCAUUGCUUCUCAUCCUGUCUUACGGUGCUUUGGAGAAUAAUUUGAUCCCUUCUUCUCUGUGACAGCCCCUCAAAUAUUGGAAGACUGCUAUCGUGUCCCCCCUUAAUCCUUAUCGUGCUUGAUAGGCUAGACGUGUCUAACUCCCUCAACCGUUGUUCUGACCCAAUUCCCCAUACAUGAGAAACCCUCUGAAGUUAAAUCAAUGAUUCUUUUGUUAGGAGCGCCAACAGCCCCGGCAAAAAGUUUCUCUCACCACAGACUAACAAAUCCGUCCGGUAGGGAGAGGAAUGAGUUGUCUGCCACAUCUAUUCAUCUCCGUCCCCUGCCUUUUAUCCCCAGAGCUAGGAUGGGGCUUCGCUAGCAGCGGUGGGCUCUUCCGUCCUAAAGACCGGCCCAUAGAUUUCCACUGCUCUCCUCUCCUCUGCCUUCUGUGCAUCUGCAUAUCAGGCACAGGACCCAGCUGUUCCUCCUCUUCCUCAUCAGCCACCUCCAGACCUGGGGGCUGUCGACUCUCCAUCUGAGAGCUGACGGAUGGCCCAGGCUCUGUCCCUAUCUCCGAUAGCUCCAUUCCCUCUUCCCCCUCGGAGCUCUCAGGUUGCCUGACUCCCACACCUCCUCCUCGUCCUCCUCCGAUUUGGCUGCUGGAGGGGCCACAAAAAACCGUUCUUCAUUCGAUGUAGCCUCCAGACCUUUAUUCAUCUUUGUUGCUCUUCCUUGCACAUUUUCCAGGGGUCUCAACGGAACAAUCAUUGGUGAUGCUUCUUGAUGUCCUAACAGUUCACCACAUUUGCAAGUGUUCAGUAAGAUAGUCUAGAUCAGUGUUUCUCAACCUUGGGAGCUUGAAGAUGGGUGGACUUCAACUCCCAGAAUCCCCCAGCCAGCUUCAAGCUCCCAAGGUUGAGAAACACUGGUCUAGAUAGAAGCUGAAUAUUUUUAAAGAGAUUAAUAGGCUCUCGGGAACUCCACUUCUUAAACUCUACAGAUUAACAAAGCAAUACUAACUGGCAGGCUGACGUAAUAAAGGAGAACUCGAUAUAAUUUGCAGUGUCAUAAAAAUGACACCUUUUGGAAACUGGCAUUAGAGAUUUUUCAGACAUAACUAUUCACUUUUAGUUUUUUAUGAUUUAAAGUCUUUGGGGAUUGGAUUAUGCCAGCUUUUAAAAAAUAACAUUUAAAACGCAAAAACAUUUGUGUUUUUUUGCUCUUGAAUAGCAAAUAAUUGGAUGGUGGGAAUAAUAAAAAUAUUCUUUGCAAUGGGAAA